CUGGCAGAAGUGGAGCUCCCUAUGCUAGAGACCUGGACUUUGACCAAAUAACAUUCCUUUCGGCUUAUUUAUCUUUUUGAAAUGAAAACAAUUCCCACCUGACUUACAAUGUAGUUACGAAGAUCAAACAUGAAAGUACUUUGUGAAAUGGAUAAACUGCUUUCAUAAUUUACAUUUAUUCAAUGAAAGAGCACCUGUUUCAUGGCAUCCACUGUAGGCACUGGAGAAGCAUGAAGAGUAAGAGAGGGUCUUGAUCUUCUAAGGAACUCAAAAGCUAGAGGGUAUUUUUAGGAUAAUGGGUAGGGUGGGAUCUUCAGACAGUGGACCUGAGGACUCAGAAACUAGAAUUGGCCUAAAGAAAGCUACGGUCAGUCUACUGAGAGGUGCAGAGCGACAGUAACAGUUUCGAGAUGCCUUAACCCAGUAGGUGUGCCCCAAACGUUCUUUCCGCUGCGUGUGUCGUCGUCAAGGUGAGGGCUGAAGCAGCUCAAAUGCUCCAUGAGCGGGAGGAAGCUGUGGGAUGAUGGGGAGGGUCCCAACAAAGACUGGAGCCUCGUCAGCAUCACAGAAACCACAGGAAACCAGGUCAGUGUGUGGGGCCCGCUCCCCUCACUCCAGGGCUCUGCUGUGAGCUCUGUGGCUUCCUGAGCAGCCUGUACUGAAGAGUGGGUCCUUGAAGCCAAAGGCCCCUUCGGCAUGGAGCCCUCCGUCCAGAAAAGCUGGAACUGACUAGAGAAAUCUGAGCUGUACUAAGAGUCGGCCAGGUGGGGAACCAGGCUGCCAAUGGGGCCCUGUGAGGCUUGUGUGCAGCCUUUAGUGCUUUCUUGUGGUUCUGCCCAACUCCAAUGGUGUGCCAGUCACCUCUCUCUCUCUCGCAUCCAGUGCAGAGCAGUGUUUAAUAGCUCUGUCAGUUCUCUAAGGGAGGGGAUGAAGCAAAUGUCUAGAGGAGACAAAAGUGAACAGCUAGUUAACGGGCGGGCGUGUAGGAUCUAGAGGGUGUUGCAGAGUAGGAGGGGUUAAAACAUGGGUGCAGCUGUCCAUGUGCUGGCCUCUUUCCUGCUGUUUCCCUGCCAGAGCAGGAGAAAUGCCCUCCAGUUGGAGACAGCAGGGUGUUCUGGGGGGCAAACAUCCCUCAGUCCCUCUGCUUGGAGGAGAAGGAAUGUGGCCCGGCCUGCUCGUUAGGAUCUAGGAGGAGCUUUGGGGCUGGGCGGGGCAAGGGCAGGCUGAGGCAAGGGUUCCUACUGGCAUUGUGCGCCCUGUUGCUGUACUGCAAAGUCCUGCUGCCCACCUUCAGGCCGUACAGCCAUGUUCUGGGUGCCCUGACCCAACGGAAGUCCAUGGGGCACCCCAGACUGGCAGCCCUGCCCCUGCCUCUCCACCUGCUGCUCAUUGGUGUCUCUGCCUCCGCUGGGAUUGGCUUCCCCACCUGUCUGCCCCACUGGACUACCUGCUGUCUGCUGGUCUCCCACAUGAAUGACAGUUUCACUGGCCUUUCCCGGAGCUGGUUCCUCCACCUGGUGCAGAAACCCAAAAAGUCUUACCUGUUCCAGUUCUGUAGGAGACACAAGAUGCCGGCAUCUGCUCAGAGGAAGCUGCUGCAUCGCUGUUGCCUGCCUAAGAAGGACCAUCACAUCUCCAUCCCCUCCCCAGACAUCUUCCAAAAUGGGCCGCGCUUCAAAAGGACCCAGCCUUCCCAUCCAGAGGCAGUGGAAGGUCUCCCGAGACAGGACUCACAAAGGCAUAAAGGGCCCGAGUUCUCCUUUGACUGGCUGCCUGAGGCACGGGCUAUUCGCGUGAGCAUUCCCUCCGGCCCCGAGGUCAGCGUGCGUCUUUGUCACCAGUGGGCACUGGAGUGCGAAGAGCUGAGCAGCCCCUUUGACGUCCAGAAAACCGUGUCUAGAGGCCACACUGUAGACCUGCCUUAUGAAUUCCUUCUGCCCUGUCUGUGCAUAGAGGCAUCCUACCUGCAAGAGGAUACAGUGAGGCGCAAAAAAUGUCCCUUCCAGAGCUGGCCGGAAGCCUAUGGCUCGGACUUUUGGAGGUCAGUGACCUUCACUGACUACAGCCAGCACAGUCAGAUGGUCCUGGCCCCGACACUCCGCUGCCCUGUGAAGCUGGAAGCCUCCCUCUGCCAGAGGCAGGGCGGGAACACCCUCUGCGAAGACCUCCCCAACGCCACAGCUCGGGAGUCGGAGGGGUGGUAUGUUUUGGAGAAGGUGGACUUGCACCCCCAGUUCUGUUUCAAGUUCUCUUAUGGAAACAGCAGCCACAUUGAAUGUCCCCAUCAGACUGCCCCAUCCUGGAAUGUGAGCAUGGGCACGCAGGCCCAGCAGCUGAUCCUGCACUUCUCCACGAGGACGCAUGCCACCUUCAGUGCUGCCUGGAGCCACCCAGACAUGGGGCAGGACGGCCUGCUGCCCCCUGUGUACAGCAUCAGCCAGACUCAGGGCUCAAGUCCAGUGACACUAGAGCUCAUCAUUCCCUUCCAGAGGCCAGGGGCCUGUGUUCUGGUGUGGAGGUCAGAUGUCCAGUUUGCCCGGAAGCACCUCUUGUGUCCAGAUGUCUCUAAUAGACACCUGGGACUGUUGAUCCUGGCACUGCUGGCCCUCACCACUCUCCUAGGAGUUGUUUUAGUUCUCAUCCUCCGGCGCCCAUUGUCAGGCCCCGGCCAACCGCACCCGGUGCUGCUCCUGCACGUGGCGGACUCCGAGGCGCAGCGGCGCCUGGUGGGGGCGCUGGCCGAGCUGCUGCGGGCCACGCUGGGCGGCGGGCGCGAUGUGAUCGUGGACCUGUGGGAGGGGGCGCGCGUGGCGCGGGUGGGCCCGCUGCCGUGGCUGUGGGCGGCGCGGGCGCAGGUGGUGCGGGAACGGGGCACCGUGCUGCUGCUGUGGAGCGGCGCGGGCUCCAGCCCCGCCCGCGGCCCGGACCCCCGCACCGCGCACACCCUGCGCGCCCUGCUCCGCGCCGCGCCGCGCCCGCUCCUGCUGCUCGCCUACUUCAGCCGCCUCUGCGCCAAGGCCGACAUCCCGCCGCCGCUGCGCGCCCUGCCGCGCUACCGCCUGCUGCGCGACCUGCCGCGCCUGCUGCGGGCGCUGGGCGCCAGCCCCGCCGCCCGGGCCGCCGGCUGGGGCCGCCUGGGCACUCGGUCCUGCCUGCGGAACCGCCUGGAACUGUGUCGCCGGCUAGAACGCGAGGCAGCCCAACUUGCCCACCGAGGCUGACUGAGCGGUGCUCCCCAGCAACCCAGAUGUCUUGGCCACCGGUGUAAGGGCACUGGCUGGCACUCAGAAAGAGGCUUCCACCCAGGAAUUCUCAGGGUGCCUCCCGAGGACUACGCCCCAAAGCCUUGUUUCCCUGCGGUCCAGCCCGGGAGCAGGGCACCGGCCUCAUCCUGGUCCUUUCACACUUUGGUCCUGCUUCCUCCUGAAGCUUCCCUGCCUCUCAGGACUCCCAGGGAGAGAGUCUCUCUUUGCUGGGGGCUCCUCUGACGCUAGUCCUGAUGUGGGAGGGGGACCUCCAGAAUUCCGGAGAGCAGUGUGCACAUGCUCCAGGGAAGGCUGGAGAGGUUGAGGCAGGGGUGGGGGGACUCAGGAGCCCUGGCCUUUCUGAAGGGGGUUGACUCCAGAGAAGUAGGAGGAACCCCCUUGGGGGUCAGGGAUCCUUCUUUCCCACGCCCAGGCCUCGCUCGGGUGGAAAGGGAGGGAGGACUGGACCCAGGGGAAAAGGCUUUGGCCCCAGGUGGCCAGGGCAAAGGUGGGGCCGUGGACACCGAGGUGGAGAAAGAUGAAUAAAGGCAAACAUGAUGGAUAAAC